AUGAAUCCACCUACCUCUGAAAAUUUAACAAAUUUAACACCAAAUCAAAGGUGUUUUCUUCUUUUUAACGUAAGCGAACCACUAGAAAUUUUUUUACUGGAAUUUGAUAAUAACUGGUGGCCUCUUGUCUCGAAUAUAUGGACUAAGUUCAGUCAUGGAAAUCUAGUUAAUGGCGAUUCAUGGAAUAUAUUUACAUGUCGCUUUGCAAAAAAUAAACUAUCAAGUUCGCGAAAAAAGAAUGUGCUACAAGAAAAAC